AAUACUCGCCGUCGCGUCCGAUUGCUUUGGAAUAAUAGUAUAGUUCAUAGAAGACAAUCCACUUUUCAUCUCUCCUUGGACCCCUGAAGGAAUGUAAUCCACUGAAAGGUGGCAGAAAUUUUCGGUCACGCAGAGAAUCCGUUCAAUCUUGCUUCUGCUUCGAGUCGUUUGGGUGCACGUUGAAACUGCUUAAGUUAGCUUUAGCCGCCAACAUACAACGCGCUUGGGAUCAACACAUCGCAGAGCAAACAAAAAAAUGUCAGAUGUCAGUCAAACACAUCGUCCUGUACUCCGGGAGUCUGCUCGCAUGGAAGAACAGGAGGAUGAAGAGUCGCCAUACAUCAAGGUGGAAGAAGAAUUCGUCCAUAUUAAAGAGGAGAAGGAGGAGUAUUUCAUUAGAGUUGAGAAUCCCCACAUUGAGGAGCAGCAGCAAUCUCAUCCCCUCAAAAAGGAGGAGGAGGACUCUUCAUAUGUUAAAGAGGAGGUGGUGGACAUCCCCAAGUGGACUGGUUUCAGAAAAUAUAUUGGCGGUGAGCGGCAGGAGACAGAAUCUCCUGGCGUUAAAGAGGAUGUUGGGCUCCCCCAAAUCAAAGAGGAGGAGCCAGAGCCCUGUCAACAGAAGCAACUUAUAAUCAAAAAGGAGGAGGAAGAGCUGCCAUACGUUAAAGAGGAGAAAGGUAUCACCAGGUCGACUGGUGAGCCCUUGACGAGUGAAGAUGGUCCGAGUGAGGCCAGCAGAGGGGUGGAGCCUCCAAGCGGCGGCGGCAGCAGCAGCAACUGCUCAACAGAAGGAUUGCAAGCAGACAUUUUCAUCACUCCAUCAGAUAGAAAUGGCGCCACGACACACUCACCUUACAAUGAUGAUGGUCAUAAAAAAUCUCACAGUGAAGACAAAUGCUCUCAGUGUGGGAAAACCUUUGCUAAUAAGUAUUCUUGUCGUAGGCAUAUGAGUAGCCACACUGGUGAAAAACCUUUUGUCUGCUCAGUUUGUGGUCAAAGAUUCAGUCACAAGAGCACCUUAACAGUACACACACGAUCUCACACGGGAGAAAAGCCUUUUUCCUGCUCAGUUUGUGGGCAAAGAUUCAUUCGCAAGAGCCAGUUAAAAACACACACAAGAACCCACACAGGUGAAAAACCUUUUGUCUGCUCAGUUUGUGGUCAAAGAUUCAUUCGCAAGAGACAGUUGAAAACACACACUCGAACCCACACUUGUGAAAAACUAUUUGUCUGCUCAUUUUGUGGCCAAGGAUUCAGUCGCAACAGCACCUUAAAAAGACACACAAGAACCCACACUGGAGAAAAACCUUUCUCCUGCCCAUUUUGUGGCCAAAGAUUCUCUCAUAAACAAACCUUAAAAAUACACACAAGAAUUCACACAGGAGAAAAACCUUUUGUCUGCUCAGUUUGUGGCCAAAGAUUCAGUCGCAAGAGCAAUUUAAAAACACACACAAGAACCCACACUGGAGAAAAACCUUUUUCUUGCUCUGUUUGUGGUCAAGGAUUCACUCGGAAGGAUCGGAUUAAGCGACACGUGUGUGUUGGUGUGAAAAGCAGUAGCUAAUGACUGUUUUGCCUGUAGUUCAUUCAUUUUGCUCCAUUAGAUUGUGCACGCAGGACAAUUGUAUUCUGUAGAGCAGGGUUCACUAAAUCCGGACCUCGGUGCCACUUUUCCUGUCGUGUUUUCCACGUCUCUCUCCCUUAACACACCUGAAUCAAAUGAUUAUGUCAUCAGCAACCUCUCCAGAAGCCUGAUAAUGAUCCUGAUUAUUUU